CGCGAAUCUCCGGAAAUCUUCGCCAAAUCACGAACGUAGUACGUCGAUGUAUAAAGCGCGCGUUAUGGUUUAAAAUUAAAUUUUGGAUGCAUUUUUCAGGAUGAUAAAGACGUAUACAUUUGGCAUCGAAAAAUAAAAAAUAAAUACUGUUAAAUUAGCCAUUAAUAACUAUAAAUUGUGUGAAAGAGGGUUCAACCACUUGUGGACUAAAUAGAUAAAACUAUAGAAGACAAUUUGUGUGGUGUUUUAACGUUUAGAAAGGUUUUUGAAGUAUGUAAGUUUAUUAGUGUUGUUCUGGUGGUUUUUAAGUGAUGGUCAAAGAAAAAAUGGGCCACUUAAGGGGUGCUCGUCUGGCUUUGGUGCCUUUGCUAGCUGUACUUGUGACGUCUCUUCAUGCUUUUCAAGAGGAUUGGUCGACGGCACGGAUAGUGGAGGAGCCCGAAUUUCUUACACCAAUUCACAACUUGACAAUUCCCGUGGGACGAGAGGCGAUUUUAUCCUGCACAGUCAGUAAUCUUGGGAGAUAUAAGGUCGCGUGGGUGCGAGCCGAAGAUCAGACGAUUCUCAGUCUGCACACGAAAGUCGUCACUCACAACAGCCGCAUCAGCGUCACACACGACAAUCUGCGCACGUGGCAGCUCAGGAUCAGACAGCUCAAGGAGUCGGAUCGCGGAUGCUACAUGUGUCAAAUUAACACCAGCGUAAUGAAGAUUCAGAAAGGUUGCCUGGAUGUUUACGUGCCUCCAGAUAUCGUUAACGACGACACCAGCGCCGAUUUGUCGGUGUCAGAGGGCGAAAACGCCACCCUGUGGUGCAGGGCAACCGGUCAUCCAAUCCCCAGGAUCGCCUGGAGACGCGAGGACGGCCAACCCAUUAUCCUACGCAAAGGAGCACGAGAUGCCGUAAAAGUUGAAAGUUACAAUGGGACCAACCUGCAUUUUUGGAGAUUGGAUCGCAAGCAAAUGGGCGCCUAUUUGUGCAUUGCAAGCAACGAUGUUCCACCAGCGGUCAGCAAAAGAAUAGCAUUAAAUGUCAAUUUUGCUCCAGUGAUAAAGGUCCCAAACCAGCUCCUUGGAGCACCCCUUAACACGGAUGUCCAACUGGAAUGCUACGUGGAAGCUUUUCCGAACACGAUUAACUAUUGGGUAAAAAAUAGAGGCGAAAUGCUUUUAAACGGAAGCAAAUACACUAUUAGAGAAGACCGCAGUGGAUAUAAAGUAUUCAUGUGGCUGGUUAUUAGGGGAUUUUCCACAUCAGACAUCGGAACGUAUAAUUGCGUUUCCACUAAUUCCCUUGGAAGAGCAGAAGGAACCCUUCGACUAUACGAGAUUAAAGUAGGCCCUGGUGGACCUCAUGACAACCAUGUUACCAUUGUGGGAGGUUUGGCAGAGCCGGCCAGAGGCCACCGCUCCAGAGCCACGGACUCCUUCUCGUCGGCGGUACUGGCCCGUCCCCUGCCGCUGGCCCUCGUCACAGCCGCCCUGAUUAGCAGCUUCUCGACGACGCGGUGACGCCACUAAAAGCCGCGGCACGAAUGAUGAAGAAUUACCUGUUCGACAGGCCCAACGAACUCUAACGUACUUAAGGACGUGCGCUAAGCAAGUGUUUCAGUGCAUUUUCGCGGAAACCCAAUAACAUUUCAUCCAUCCAUCAUUCGAGGAGUUGGAAGAAAAAGAAUCGAGCGUCGAUAAUACGUGACGCGGACCCGGUGACUUGAUUUUCCGCGCGAAAAAGUGCCCCCGGUGUUGCUUGAUUUGAGUGGAAAUAUGUUAUGCAGGUCGUAUCCGAUCCAUCUAAGUGAUUUAACGGUUUUUAAUUGAUUUUAAAUGCGGCCGUUUACAUCCAAAGAGACAAAUGACGUUUUUAAAAGUGGUUGGGAAUAAUUGAUUAUUAUUAAUGAUUAAAGUGUUUUAAAAUGUUUUAAGUUAUGCAUUUUGCCUAGUUAAUUAUUUAUUCACAUUAUUGGUACUUCUGUUUUGUACUGUAAUUAAAUUUCAAAUUGUUGAUUUCAUUUAAACAGAAUUAAUAAACAUUCUUCGCAGCGGCGUAACUAGAAAAAGUGCCGCCC